UAGGAUUCUGAAAAUGUUAAUAUUAAUAUAGGUGUUUCAGCUAAUGGAAUAUUAAUUUAUCGUGAUAAAUUACGUAUAAAUCGUUUUGCUUGGCCAAAAAUAUUAAAAAUAUCUUAUAAACGAAAAUAUUUCUUUAUUAAACUUCGACCAAGUGAUUUUGAUCGAUAUGAAAGUACAAUAGGUUUUAAAUUACCAACAUAUCGAGCAGCAAAAUCUUUAUGGAAAAUUGCUGUUGAACAUCAUGCUUUCUUUCGUUUACGUCGACCAGAAGAAAUUCGUAAACGACCUGUUUUACCAAGAUUUAAUUCAACAUUUCGUUAUACAGGAACAUAUACAUAUCAUCAAACUCGACAAUUAUUACUUGAUAGACCUAAUCCUGAUUUUGAAAGAUCAUUAAGUAAACGAAUGACAAGAAGUCUUGAUGUUUCUGGAGGUGAAACAAUACGACCAUUACCACGUCCUCAAAGUGUUGAACCAUUUUUUCAAAUACCAAUACUUGAGCAUGAUGAAAACGAACAUAUACCGACGGCAGCAUAUGCACAUGUGAAAAAGAAACCUGAACGACCACCAAUUACACCACCACGAACACCACAACCAUCAAUAAUACGUGAAGUAAAACCAAAACGACCACCACCACCGGCUGAUUAUGCUAAUCUUCCACCUGAACCACCAAUUCGUCCGGCAAUACAUCGAGAAAUAUCGUCAACGAUGAAUUCUGAUGAUGCACUUCUUGCAGCUAUUCGUUUAGCAACAGAUCUUGAUCCGAAUAAACAAGCUGAACAAAUCGUUAUGGCUAAUAGCUAA